CAACACAUAAGUUGUCACUACAUGCAAAACAGAUCGACCUCGGUUGCCACGGCAAAGAAACCAGCUAUUUCGACUGAACUACCCGCGUACAAAAAAAAAUGUACGAAUCAACCAUGUUUGUCAUAUUGCUUAUCCUCGUACCCAUCUUGUUGCUCGUCUAUCGCCGGUGGACCACCUCAAAUCCCCACCACAAACUCCCACCGGGACCCCGCGGGCUCCCGAUCAUCGGGAACCUCCACAUGCUAGGCACCCUGCCUCACCGAGCCAUCACCGAGCUCGCCAAACACUACGGCCCCAUCAUGUCCCUGAGCCUCGGGUCCGUGCCAGCCAUCGUGGUCUCAUCCCCUCAAGCAGCCGAGCUCUUUCUCAAGACUCACGACACAGUUUUCGCCAGCAGGCCUAAAAUACAAGUUGCAGAGCUCUACUCUUAUGGAGUAAAGGGCAUAGCAUUUACGCCCUACGGUCCGUAUUGGCGAAACAUGAGAAAAUUUUGUACGCGGGAGCUACUCACCACGAAAGUCAUCGAUUCGUUUGCGUGGAUGAGGAAGGAGGAGCUGGGAUUUUUCGUGGAAAGUAUCAGAGAAGCGGCUAGCUCGCGAGUGGCGUUGGAUGUUACUAAGAUUGUGGGAGAGUUGAUCCAGGACAUGAUUUGCAGGAUGUUGUUUGGGAAAAGCAGAGAUGUGAGAUUUGAUCUCAGUGGAAUUCUCGAGGAAAUGACAGAGACAGGGGGAGCUUUCAAUAUUGCAGACUACUUUCCUUUCCUAAGAGCUCUGGACUUGCAGGGACUUGCCCGACGAGCCAGGAGAACCAGCAAAGAUUUUGAUGAGAUGUUAGAACUGAUCAUUGAUGAGCAUGAAGUUAUUGGUAACCUUGAAGAAAAAAAUGGGAAGGAAGAUUUUGUUGACAUGCUUUUAUCCUUAAAGAAUAGGACCACUGGUACAAAUGACCAACUUGGUUUUACAUUUGAUAGAGCAAAUGUGAAAGCAAUUAUACUCGAUAUGAUAUUUGGAGCAGUUGAUACCUCACACACUGCAGUCAUAUGGGUAAUGUCAGAACUUACAAGGCAUCCGAGGGUGAUGAGUCGAGUUCAAAAAGAACUUGAAAUGGUUGUUGGGGAUAAUGAUAUAGUCGAAGAAGCUCAUUUGUCUAAGUUGGAUUACCUAUAUAUGGUUGUUAAAGAAAGUUUAAGGCUACAUCCUGUUGCGCCCCUAUCUGUUCCUCAUGAGUCUACUGAAGACAUUUUGGUAAAUGGAUAUCACAUUCCAAAGAAGUCAAGAAUCAUUAUUAACAACUGGGGAUUAGGACGAGAUUCUAAUGUAUGGUCUGAGAAUGCACUAGAAUUUAUCCCAGAGAGGUUCAGUGGAAGCAAAAUUGAUCUUCAAGGACAAGAUUUCCAAUUUAUACCAUUUGGUUCAGGACGAAGAGGAUGUCCUGGGUUGCACUUAGGCUUGAUUAACAUUCAAUUGUUGGUUGCUCAGAUGGUACAUUGCUUUGAUUGGGACUUAUCAACUGGUACGUCGCCUACUGAGUUGGAAAUGGAUGAAAAGUUUGGUCUAACAAUGUCAAGACUGGACCAUCUGGUGGCCACACCAACUGUUCGUGUUAGAGAGAAACAUUUAACUUAAGAACUUUCUUGCACUUUGAUAUAUAAAUUUUUCAGUCAAGGUUAUUUUUAUGCACAUGCUUAGUAUCAGAAAAUCAUGUGUCUGUAAUAACCUGUAAGACUUCUAAAUAAUGAUGUUUGUGUUA